AUUUUGUUGUCUGUAUUUUAUUUAGCGUGCUAAAUAAUUAUUUGUAAUGAAUUAUUUGAAGGCGUUAUUAAUAUUUUUGCAUGACCUGUAUACUAUUUGGUUUGGGUUGAGGCGCCGAGUCAACACCAAUAAACGACUCGAUGGACAGGUAGUUGUGAUCACCGGCGGAAACACCGGCAUUGGAAAGGAGACGGCGUAUCAGCUGUCGCUAAGGGGCGCCAAAGUUUACAUCGGAUGUCGUGAUGAGACAAAAGGCAAUACAGCUGUCAAUGAGAUAGUGAUUAGGAAUCCAAAGGCAGUCAUAAGGCUAUUAACUCUAGACUUGUGUUCACUUCAAUCGGUCCGCAGAUUCUGCAAAGAAUUGUCAAAAUUGGAGACAAAAGUAGAUAUUCUGGUCAAUAAUGCGGGCAUUUUUGGCGCACCCGAGGGCAGGACUGACGACGGCUUUGAGCUACACCUCGGAGUCAAUCACUUGAGUACGAAGUGA